CUAAAUAUGGGAUCACUUAAGUUUGGUGUAUAUCCCAUUCCUUACAUAACUGUAUUAGGUUAAAAUAUGUGGGUUGUGUUCAAAAUUAAAGGGGAUCAAGAGUGAGGAAAAAGGCACAUAAGAUACGUGAGUCUCCUACUCCUAGUCCUAAUAAUCCGAUAACUGAAACCAUGCCUCUCUGCAAUAACUCCUCCGGCAAUCUCGCCGUGGCUGUUGCUCUCCUCUUUGCUGGCGCCAUAUAUAUCUGCUUCUCCUCACGUUUGAUUUCCAAUCCUAUCUCCGAUCUCCAACACAACAACACUCUGAGAAGGAUAAAGUUUCCGGUAGACGAGCUAGAGGCAGCGCUGGACAAGACGGCGGCAGGAAACAACAAAACGGUGAUAAUAGCGAUGGUGAACAAAGCGUACGUGGAGGAGGAUGGAGGAGGAGGAAGGACGAUGCUGGAUCUGUUCUUGGAGAGUUUCUGGCUAGGAGAGGGGACUCUGCCAUUGCUGGACCAUCUGAUGGUGGUGGCAGCGGAUCAGACGGCCUACGAUCGCUGCCGCUUCAGGAGGCUCCAUUGCUACAAGAUGGAGACGAAGGGGGUUGACUUGGAAGGAGAGAAAGUAUACAUGUCAGACGAUUUCAUAGAGAUGAUGUGGCGGAGGACUCGCUUGCUCCUAGACGUCCUCCGCCGUGGCUACCAUAUCCUGUUCACGGACACGGACGUGAUGUGGCUAAGGAGCCCCUUCUCCAGGCUAAGCAACAACGGGAGCUUGGAUAUGCAAAUAAGCGUGGACAGCGGCGUGGGAGGACACUUGAUCAACACGGGCUUCUACCACGUCCGUUCCAACAACAGGACCAUCUCCCUCUUCCAGAAAUGGUACGACAUGAGACUCAACUCGACGGGCAUGAAGGAACAAGACGUCCUCAAGAAACUCCUCGAGUCAGGCUACUUCCACCAGCUCGGCCUCUCCGUUGGCUUCCUCAACACCACCUACUUUAGCGGCUUCUGCCAAGACAGCUCUGACAUGGGCGCUGUCACUACCGUCCACGCCAACUGCUGCCGCCACAUCCCUGCCAAGGUCUUUGAUCUCACCCUUGUUCUUCGUGACUGGAAACGAUACAAAGCCUCUCAUGUCAACACCAAGUGGAGCCCUCAUGUUAAGUGUUGGGGUUCAUGGAAUGACACACACUAUACCCCCAAGCUCUAACCCUCUUUGAGAUUGCUAUAUAUAUACACAACACAAUUAACUAAUUAACAGCAUGCAUCGCUUAUUAGUUACUUGAUCAUGGCUUCUGUUUCUUGGCCUCG